AUGGCUUCCACCAACACGUCAUCUCUUUCACCACCAGUUUUUGAUGGAGAAAAUUAUCAAGUAUGGGCUGUCAAAAUGAAAGCUCAUUUGAGAGGUCUUAGUUUAUGGCAGUGGGUCGAAAGUGAAAGGGAGAUACCUCCACUUGGCAACAAUCCUACGCUCAAUCAAAUCAGAGCUCAUGAAGAAGUAGAAGCUAAAGCACCGAGGGCUUUAUCUCAAAUACACGCUGCUGUCUCUGAAUCAAUUUUCUCAAGAAUCAUGGCGUGUGAAACGGCUAAGGAAGCAUGGGAUAUAUUGAAAGAGCUAUAUCAAGGGAAUGCUAGAACGAAGAGAAUACAAGUGUUGAAUCUCAAAAGAAAUUUUGAGAUCCUUAGAAUGAAUGAAAAGGAUACAAUCCAAGAGUUCUCUGAAAAACUAAUGACGGUGGUAAAUAAAAUCAGACUUAUGGGAGAAGAGCUACCUGACAGCAGGAUCGUAGAGAAAGUCUUGAUAAGUCUACCUGAGAGGUUUGAGGCAAAAAUCUCCUCCCUUGAAGAUUCAAGGGAUAUUAGCCAAAUUACAUUGGCAGAAUUAAUCGGAGCCUUGCAAGCUCAGGAGCAAAGAAGGAUUAUGAGAAAUGAAGAAAGUGAAAAGACGGUGGAAGGAGCUUAUCUUGCCAAGAGUUCAUCGUCAAAGAAGAAAGGAAAAAUUCCAGAAUGUGACCAUUGCAAAAAACUUGGUCAUGAAGAGAAAGAUUGUUGGCACAAGGGGAAGCCUCAAUGCUUCCAGUGUAAAAGAUUUGGGCAUUUGAAAAAAGAUUGUAGAUUUAACUUGAAAGAACAAGCAAGUACAGUGAAGGCGAUUGAAGGGGCAAUUGAAGAGGAAACGCUCUUUUAG